ACCGAACAUAUGUGGACAUUUUUGGGAACCCAACUAAAACCAAAUAGUUUCCCUUCCCAUGCACUUACUCACUGUCUAGAGUCUAGAUCUUGUUUAUAGUCUUCCAUGGCUUCUGGUAGAUUCCAUUCAAAUGUCCGUCGACACAUCGAUGCUACGUUUGAAAAUGAAUAUGGUUACCACACCAGUAAUCCUGUGGGAUUACUGGAGAUUCAAACAGUUGCUAGAGGAGCCUCCAUCCUGGAGAUUGAAACAGUUGCUGGAGGAGCUUCAUUCCGAAACCAAAACCGAAACCAUGUAGUUCCAUUAACUGUAGGUGAUGAGGGUGUUUCCUUGACAUGGCAAGAUUUGUGGGUGAGAGUAGAAGGAAGAAGCUGUAGAUCAAUCCUCCAAGGGCUAACUGGUUAUGCCAAACCAGGGCAGCUCUUGGCUAUAAUGGGUCCUUCUGGUUGUGGCAAGUCUACUCUUCUUGAUGCUUUGGCAGGGAGACUCAGUUCAAACACAAGGCAAACAGGGGAGAUCCUAAUCAAUGGACAUAAACAAGCACUGGCUUAUGGAACUUCUGCAUAUGUGACACAAGAUGAUACUCUAAUCACAACAUUAACAGUCGAAGAAGCCGUAUACUACUCAGCUCAGCUGCAAUUACCAGACUCCAUGUCCAAGUCGGAAAAGAAAGAGAGAGCACAGGUAACGAUAAGAGAGAUGGGUUUGCAAGAUGCCAUGAACACGAGGAUCGGAGGUUGGGGAGCCAAAGGCCUCAGUGGCGGCCAAAAGAGAAGAGUCAGCAUUUGCAUUGAGCUUCUUACGCGACCAAAGCUUCUCUUCUUGGACGAGCCAACAAGCGGGCUUGACAGCGCGGCGUCUUAUUAUGUGAUGAGCCGAAUUGCAAAUCUUGGUUGUCAUAAAUCCUCGCAGAGGACUAUUGUUGCUUCCAUCCAUCAGCCUAGCUCUGAAGUCUUUCAACUCUUUGACAAUCUUUGUCUUCUGUCUUCGGGUAGAACUGUGUAUUUCGGUCCUGCUUCUGCAGCCAAUGAGUUUUUUGCUUCAAGUGGUUUCCCAUGCCCAACUCUUCAAAAUCCAUCAGAUCACUUCCUGAAGACCAUAAACAAAGAUUUUGAGCAGGACAUUGAGAAAGGCAUGGCUGGAACCACACCCGCAGAGGAAGCCAUUGAUACUCUAAUAAAGUCUUACAAAUCAUCCGAAAAUUAUCACCAACUUCAAAGACAUAUAGCUGAACUACAUAAGAAGAAUUGUGAAGCAUUAGAAAGAAGAAGCCAUGCUGGCUUUCUUACACAAUCUUUCGUGCUUACAAGAAGAUCGUUCGUGAACAUGUACAGAGAUCGAGGGUACUACUGGUUGCGCCUUGUUAUCUACACCGGCAUAGCUGUAGGCUUAGGCGUCAUCUAUCAUGAUCUUGGACAUACUUAUAGAUCGAUCCAGGCAAGAGGCUCGAUGCUCUCGUUUAUAGCUUCAUUUUUAACUUUCAUGGCCAUUGGUGGAUUUCCUUCCUUUGUGGAAGACAUGAAGGUAUUUGAACGCGAGAGACUAAACGGGCACUAUGGUGUUAGUGCAUUUGUUUUCGGCAACACAUUUUCCUCGGUCCCUUUCUUGAUGUUAAUUUCACUGAUUCCUGGAGCAACAGCAUAUUACCUUGCCAGGCUUCACAGUGGAUUCGAACACUUCUUCUACUUUGCUUCUGCACUAUUUGCUUGCAUAAUGCUGGUUGAGAGCCUAAUGAUGAUAAUUGCGAGCAUCGUGCCAAACUACCUGAUGGGCAUAAUAGCUGGUGCUGGUAUCCAAGGUGUAAUGAUUUUAUGCGGUGGAUUCUUCCAGCUGCCAAAUGAUCUCCCGGAUGUUUUGUUCAAGUACCCAUUAUAUCACAUUGCUUUCCACAAGUAUGCAUUCCAGGGAAUGUUUAAGAAUGAAUUUUCACGAACAAGAUUUCCAAACGACAAUCUUCUCGGAAUGAGUUCCUCUAAAUGGCUCAGUGGUGAACGCAUUUUGAAAGAUAAAUGGCAGGUGGAAAUGGGUUACUCCAAAUGGGUUGAUCUUGCUAUCUUGUUAGGAAUGGUAGUUCUGUAUCGAAUUUUGUUCUUCGUUAUCAUCAAGACCACUGAGAAAGUGAAGACUAUUACCUCAGCUCUUCUGUCCGUGGCUCCCAAGCGAAGCAUGCAAGUACUGGUGAAUCCCUCCUCUACUCCACUGCAUGGAUAGUACUGUUUGAAGUAAUGCUCAUUGGAGUGUUCUAAAUUGUUCUCAAGUUAACUAGAUUAGUCUAGAAUUAUCUUGUAAUUGAGAAGUUGUAGAAAAGUCUAGAACGUGGUUUGACCACAAAUGAAGGUCGGUGGUACUAGUAACUUAAGUCGGUGGAGGUGGAGAUAAUUAUAUGUUAGGUCGGUGAACAAGUUGUUUAAAUAUGUAACCAGCCUUGUUCAUUAAUGUAUGAAUAAACCAUCAAGCAUCAAAAGCUCCUCUCUGUUUUUCCUUUCA